AUGAACGCAGAUGAGACUGGAAUUCAAAUACACGCCUUCAAGGAGCCUGUCCUCUCCCACGCGCUCGGUUUUCGUCUCAGCAGAUAUGUGCCCAAGGUGGUACGUGCGAAAAUGGAUCGCAGCAGGAAACCAUACGACAUUGCCGAGCUCAGACAGGUGUCCGUGAUGUUUGUGAAGAUCUCAGGACUGUCACUUGAUCCAGACGCCAACGGCACGUGCAUGACGGCUGUAAAGAACGCGCAGCUGCUGAUGACAGAGCUUCAGCGAGUUGUGUUCAACUAUGAAGGUGUGGUCAACAAGCUGCUUGUGGAUGACAAGGGCCUCCUCGCCCUUGUUGUGUUUGGACUUCCGCCCUUUCUGCACCAGGAUGACGCAGCGCGCGCCGUGCGUGCAGGCAUUGACAUUGCAAACGAUGUGCCGCGUUUGGACACAACGCAGACGAUCAACGCCUCUGUUGGCAUCGCCACGGGUCACGUCUUUGCUGGCAUCAUCGGCUCACGCCAGCGCCACGAAUACACCGUGAUGGGUGACAGCGUGAACAAGGCCGCGCGUCUCAUGGUCACGGCAACGGCAUACGGGGUUGUGAUUGACGAGACAACAAAGCGGGCAGUUAAGAUUCAGGUGCCGUCCUUUCAGUACGACAAACUGGAGGAUCUUACCCUCAAAGGAUUCUCCAAACGAGCAAAGGCAUACCAUCCCCACCCACUCCAAGACAACACAUCGGUGUGGAUGACAACGGGUAUGCCUGCACGCAUGGACAACAUGCUCUUUGGGCGCGAGGAGGACAUUGAAGCCGGCCUCAAGAUGCUCCGCUCAACCUACGACAAACUAGGUGGACUGCUUUACGUCAAGGCAGAUGUUGCGAUGGGCACAACGCCUGUCGCAAUGAAGCUCACACAAGAGGCAAAGAAGUUGGGAAUGUUUGUGAUUUCGCCGUCGCCAUCGCAAGUCAUCAAAAUCGGUGACUAUGGCACAGAACAGCUUGCCCGCUCGCGUCGCAACAUUUCCACCUGCAUUGCAUCAGACAACAAAUGGGCAAUAUGGCGCGAAGUCCUCAAGACGGCGUUUCGGAGGCUAAAGGAUGCUGGGGUGCAAAGUCUAAGGAAAUGGGUGAUUGAGUGCUUGGAGCCAUUUGACGACCAAAUUGACCUGACGUGGACGCUGCCUGCGGUUGAUCGCGUGCUGAGCGAAUUUGAGCACUUUGACCCGCGCGAGGACCCUCCACUGAAAUCGACGCGACGGUCAAGCAUCAUCCGCGAUUCGGAUGUUGAGUCGUUGAUUGUCCGCGUCAUGUUGGGGUUUGUCAGCCUCUUUCCAACCUUCAUUGCCCUUCGACUGGACGUGCAAAAACACGAUGGACACGGUGCCCUUGAUCACUACUCGUGGCAGGUCACGGAACGGCUUGCCGCCCACUGCUGUGAUCGCAGCGGCGAACUGGAAUCGCCACCGGUUAUCAUCCUGGUCAUGUCUGAGCACCACAACGAGGACAGCCCCUUUGCCAGCUACGACGUGCUGCGCCGCGCCGUCAGCGCCGGCACCCUUCUUCCCCUCAAGCUCUUGACAAAGGCGACACAGUGCAUGAGUUUCAUGAAACCGAAGGAUGUUGUUGUUCUUCCAGCCUCGAUCCCUCCGCCUGUGACACAGCUCAUCGACCAGCGUUGCGGCGGCCACCCUUGGAUGAUCCACAAGACCAUCUCUCUCAUGUUCAGCCCCAACGCCUGCGGGCCUGGAUCAGGACCCGCAAUCCAGAAAUGGGAGACCGGUCGCAUUGCUAUUGUGACCAAGGACAUUGGGCAGGUGCGAGUGACGGAGGACAUGGCAAAGUGUCUUCUUUCCAGCUACGAAGCGCUCAGAGGGCGACUGCAGCUGAUUGUCAAGACUGCGGCUGUCAUGCCUGCUUUUUCGCCGGAAAUGGUGCAAGCACUUCUGCCCGAAUCGCCGGCUCACGUCCUGCAGCGCGAGCUGGAUGACCUGGUGGAGCGAGGCAUCCUUGAGCACAGCAACACCGUGCCGCGGUGUGUCGACAACUACUGGCCGUCGGACAGAACCACCUCCUACCACUACGAGUUUGCUUGCAAGCUUCAGCAGCGCCUGAUUGUGGAUAUUACCCCACACUCGCUCGUCAAACACAACAGGGAAUGCUUCCACGCGCGAAUCAGCAAGGUGACCUUCAGCGUCAUGACCAUUCAGGCUGCGUGGAGGCGCUACCUCCUGCGAACAAAACCAAAGCUGGAAUGGCUGCUAAAUGGCCAGGCACCGCAGCCACAGCCCGUCUACACAACUCGCGUGGCACAGGCCGUCAUACAAAUCAUGAAGGGCAUGCAGAUCAUGCAAGGGGAGGACGCUGCGCACAAGCUGCCAGACUCCUAUGCACAGCUCUCUGUCACCCGGUCGCGCCAACGCGCCAACACCAACUGGCUGGACAUGGAGGCGGCGAUCAUGGGCAUUUCUGGCGAUGACGAUGGCACGAGCAGUGACGCUGGCACCAAUGCCAUGUCGGAUGACAGCCAGCGAGAGGCGCUUGAGCAACGAUCCCUCGCAGGUGCAGACGCGGUAAUAGACGCAGUCGGAGAGCGAGAAGGGCAAGGCAGAGAAGGCGCCGAAACAAGGCGUGUGCGUUACGCAAGUGCAGGUCACGAGCGUACCGAUAGUGUCGGUAGUGACAGCAGCAGCGGUGGUGGUGCUGCUGCCAUCCACGACUUUAGUGACCCAGAACCACUUGCUGCGGAGCGGGAAGGACAAGACAAUGAUGGGGGUGGCGAUGAUGGCAACAGCGAAUCCCAGUUGGACUUGGUGUCCUUCGACGGCGACAGCGAGUGUGAGGAACAGUGGGCAGGUCAUGGCCAGAGCGCUGCUGGGGCGGACGGUGCCGGUGACGCUGCCGUCGUCCAUCGCAACGCCAGCAAUGACACUGCCGAGUGCGACGAUGACCUUGAACCGGGUUUCCACGCUCCGCCGGUGCCCAUCAGGCGACGGAUCACCCGCUCGCAGUCUCCGACACCGUAUGUAAUCCCUGCGGGGCUGCGGCAGAAGCUAGAAGCACGACACCUCACCGUUUCCACGGUCGGCACCGAACGCGCGAAACGAACGGAGAUUGGAAUUGUCACGGAGGCAGUCACCCACCUGCUCAUUCAAGCCAACGACCGUCUUGUCAGGAUUCGCAAGGGCUGUAUGGACAUUGACGCCCGCAUGGGCGCGGUCACCGAUCAGAUGGAUGCGCUCUCCGAUGCAUUUCAAGACAUGGUGGCCCGCAUUUCCGCGGAGAUUGAGGUGGAAGACACCGAGUCCUCGUGA